AUGUCUUUUAAACUAAGCAUUGAAGCCCUACACCGUCCAGAUUUUGAGUCACAGGGCCUGAACGAGGCUGCCCGGUGGAACUCCAAAGAGAACUUGCUUGCUUGCCCUAGUGAAAAUGACCCCAAUCUUUUUGUUGCACUGUAUGACUUUGUUGCCAGCGGGGACAAUACACUCAGCAUUACUAAAGGUGAAAAGCUUCGUGUUUUGGGCUACAACCACAAUGGAGAAUGGUGUGAGGCUCAGACUAAAAAUGGCCAGGGCUGGGUUCCCAGCAACUAUAUUACACCUGUUAACAGUCUAGAGAAACACUCCUGGUACCAUGGGCCAGUCUCACGCAAUGCUGCAGAAUAUCUCCUCAGCAGUGGCAUCAAUGGGAGUUUUCUAGUGCGAGAGAGUGAAAGUAGCCCCGGUCAAAGAUCCAUAUCACUUCGUUAUGAAGGAAGGGUAUACCACUACAGGAUAAACACUGCAUCUGAUGGGAAGUUAAACAGGAUUUAGAGGAACAAACCAACCUGGAGCGAUCUUGAGGGGAUGAAUUGCCUUUUCCCGCAUUUAUUAUACAGCAAACUUUAUUUUAAUCGGCGCCUAAUGAACCGGCACUCUCAAUAGACUGGCAAAAAUUGGAUACCUGAAAAACUGUCUGAGUAGUUAGUGAAGGGUGUGAGUGAAGGCUGUCUAUCAUUAAGUUUUAUUUAAGUUAUUUACGUUGUAAAUAAAGUAUAACAGUGAUAUGUAUACCUCCUGCAUUACAUUUCUAUUACUUAGUGUGUUUUUACAUUGAUUAUGUGGACCUCUUGGUCAACUGGAAUAUUUGAUAAACUGGUAUUCUCCUGGUCCCAUAGGUGUCAGUUAAUAAAAAGUUUGCUGUACCUGUAUUACUAAUUCAAAUAAAAGCAGAUUAAAGGAAA